GUCUGUUAAGGAAAUUAGUUUCCUUGUCUGUGUGUGUCAACCGAGCGACGGUGCGGUUAUGGAGAAAUAAACCGAUAAAACAGGCGAAUAACCCGCUCCAGUGACCCGCUGCUGCUGCCCGGGCCGCCCGAGGCCUGAUCUGCCGAUGUGAGAUCGCCGUUUCCCGCAGGAGGAGUGAUGAUGACCGCGGAGCUGCUGCUGUCGGAGCCGGACAGCCGCUUCUGCGCCGAUAACCUGCUGACCAGCGCGGACUGGGACGCCUGCCUGUACCAGUGUGAGGAUAUGGAGGAGGAGUUCACAGGAGAGCUGAAAUAUGACACCUCGCUGGACAGUGAUCUGGUCCUCACGCUGGACCCUGAUGACCUCACAUCCCCAUGGAAGAACCUGGAGCUGGACCUCACAGUUUUCCAGGUGAAGACGGAGCCUCCAUCACCAGCCUCAUCUCUGACCUCUGACAGCUCCAUCCCGGCUGUGUGUGAACCGCAGGUACGCACGCUCACACACACUCUCACUCACUCAUUACUGAGACUGGGUGUGUUUCCCAAACAACGCUGUAACUCGUGGCUGAACUAUCAUAGUACGAUGCAUCGUUUGGGAAAAGGGCGAUCGAGCCGUUUCCGACACCGAGAGGCUGAUCCCGGUCCCUCAGCCCUCCAGCCGCUCAAUCCCCGCCGUGUGGAUCCGCAGGCCGGUGUGCGGGAGCGCAGCGGCGGAUAA